AUGGGAAAUCCGAAUCUGGAGGAAGUAAAGGAGUUAUAUGGAAUUGAUGCCACAGAUAUUAUCCCCCCAAACACAACAGCAUCUUUUCUAUCUGAUCGUGGAACUGACAAUGUUCCUGUUUGGGCCAUACUUCCUGCUCGGAGAUUGACAAAGAUACCAAAAUGCCCAAUUUUUAGUGGUCAUCCUGGUUUGAACUUAUUACAUUACUCAAUGUUAUUGGCCAGAUUUCAUCGACUGCCUCAUUCGAGUAUGACUCCGAACAAUACACGCGUGCGACAAUAUCUGGAAAAUCAUAUGCCUCCAUUACCUGAACCUCCAAGGAAUCUGCCAUUACACUCUGACUUCACUAAAAACAUCAAGAGAUGCGCUGAACAGAAUCCCAGGGAAUCGACCGUAGCUUUAGGAAUUUCUCCUUUGGAUUUCGAUAUCAUCAUAAACUCAUGGGAUGUAUAUGUUAAGGAGAACCCUGAACAUAGAUUGAAAACCGUUGCUGAAUAUUCAGCUCGGAGGACCGAACGUAUACCGGCAUCCGAGAAUGGGGCAAUUUUACAAUUAAAAAAGAGAGCCUUGGUGAAUGCAUUUCGUCGACCUGCGGACAGAAUUGCUGAUGAUGCACAAAUGCCUGAAGAGCCAAAUGAUCUCGAAUCUCCUGAUAUGACUUCUGACGACGAAUCCCCGAUCCAAGGUCAAGAGGAUUUUGAAAAUCUCGAGCGUCAAUCUGAGCCUAUGGCUGAAAAUCCACCACCUGGGCAGCCAGCACAACAUAGACGAGAUGGACGGCGUGAGCCUGUAGCUCAGAAUCAUUACCAAAGUGACAGCGAAGAUUCUGAGUAUCAACCCAGAUCCAAAGCUCCAAAUGGACCAUAUAAUCGUUCAAGAAAGCACCAAGGAAAUAGAGACGAAGAAAAUUCUGAACACCGGCCGGACUCUGUAGCUCAGUAUCAGUCAUCAAACUAUUCGGCACAACACCAAAGCGAGAGUGAAGGUUCUGAUCACCAGCUCAGCCCCGCAACCCUGAACAAGGCUUCUGAUAACUUAUCGGUACGCCAGGGAAGAGGUCGGCGUAAGGCCGGAGCUCGGAACAGGAUGAUGAAGCCUCCUUCCCCUCAAGGAGGUCCUUCUAGUGGUCGUCCAUUAUCCAAACAGAAUCCUCCCGUCUUGGCUGAAGUGAUUGUCAUUUCCUCUGACGAUGAAUAUCCCGUAAAAAAAGAAGCCCUGGAGCAGGACCGAGAAGAGGGAAAGCCCUCCCUGAAACAACGAGAACACGAUCAUCUGAACACUCGGCACAAAUAA